GAAGAUGCAGUGAAAAUAAACAAGAAAAUCCAAAGAAAAACGGAGUAGAAAAGAAACUUAUAAAGUGAGACUGUGAGAAGAAAGUUUGAAAGCCCUUGAUCGGAGAAAGUGUAAAAAAUCAAGUUGUUAGUUUCCAUAGGCAAUCAAGGAUACGAUCUCGGGUUGAAGGAAAGUUCCAAAUUUUAUCAAAGGUGCCGUUGUUUGGGGCUUUUGUAUAUGUUCUAUUUGACAAAUUAGAUGUCUUGAGGAGCCUUUUUAAGAAGAGAGAACUGGUGUUAUCAAGUAAUGUGGACGAAUGUCUUCAAAAUUGGAAGCUUACAUCACAUUUCCUGGUUCCAGUUUCUCCCUUUGGAAUCUGACCUGAUCCCCGAAAAAGGUGCUAAAGGUGAACAGAAAGAUGCUGCUACAUCGUUGGUACUUUCAGCCCAUGUACAGCUGCAGAAAGAAGGAUUUCUUAGCACUUGGACAAACUCUUUUGUUGGCCCAUGGGAUCCAUCUCAGGGAAUUCAUAAUCCUGAUGACAAAAUCAAGCUCUGGCUUUUCCUUUCCGGGCGUCAUUCAUCAGUUGUUGAAGCUGCUCAGACUGCAGUAUCUAAACUAAGAGUUGUCAGCUCUGGUCUUUGGUUGUCCCCUGGAGACUCUGAGGAGGUUGCAGCAGCUUUAUCACAGGCUCUACGUAACUGUAUUGAGAGAGCUUUAAGAGGGAUGUCCUACCAGAGAUAUGGAGAUGUAUUUGCAAGAUGCCAUCCUUUUUCACAAAGUGGAAAGACUUUCAGGAGAGUUCACCCUACAUUGGAAUUCAUCUUUGCUGCCACCGAGGAAGCUAUCUUUGUGCAUGUCAUAAUAUCUGCAAAGCAUAUCCGGACGCUUUCUGGUCAUGACAUGGAGAGGGUUGUAAAACGCCGCUCUUCUAGUAACUACGCAGAAAGAUUCCCUGUUAUUGUUGCUCCUCAUGGAAUGCGAGGUGGAGUUACAGGGUGCUGUCCUAGUGAUCUUGUGAAGCAAGUGUACUUAAGUUCCAGCAAGAACAAGGCUUUGAAUGGGUUCUCGGUUCUCGGUGUACCUCUUCAUGCUGCUCAAGCUUCUGGGUGCCAGCUGAGGGGGCAAAGUUGUUAUGUUGAGGUUACCCUUGGCUGCCAUGGAACCGAAGCUGAAAAGGGCGAUGAGAAGCAAUCUUCAGGAGAUAAUUUUCGAGCUCCUGAAGGAACAUUUAUUUAUCCUUCUGAGGCUGUGUUGGUACCCGUUGUGCGUACAGUGUCUGCUAGAUCUUCCCUAAAAAGACUCUGGCUACAGAACUGGGGUGGCGCAUCACAGUUCGGUUCGUCUUUCGCUAUGAACUGUUUGGGAAUCGAAAGCGCUGGUAGGCUCGAAUUUGUAGAUGGAUCACAACAUAACUACGACAGUAGUAGCGACAGUAAUUCUAGUAGCAUCAGCAGCAUUAGUAGCACAUCUAGUGAUAGUGAUGAUAAAAUGACCUCUGCAGUUGGUGACCUCGAAGCAGAUGCUGACUCUCUGACUUGUUGGCAGUCCGGUUUCUCUUCUGUUGAUCAGUUUGAGAAUGAUUACAAACAGGUGUCAAAGCGUCCUCGGCUAGGUGUUACAGAAUCAUUUGGUGGUCCAGGGACUGUCAUAGAUGCAACCACAGAGGCGUAUAAAUCUGACUUGAGUCCUCUAGAAGCGAAUGAGCCUUUUAGAUGUCUCUGGGAUUGGGAUGACAAUGACAAAAGUGGGGGACUGGAUAUUCACAUACUUAUUUCUGAAUUUGGAGAUUUCAGCGACUUGUUUGAGAGUGAUACACUGCCUUUUGGUGAGCUCCCAGGAAUUGCAGAUUCCCAAGCCCUUGUAUUUUCAAUGAUGGAUUGUACUGAGAUAAUCAGUAGUCCUUGUAUAGGUGGAAUGGAUACAGAUCAGAUGCUUUUACCUGUUUCUGGGUUUUCUUCUUUUGAUGGUCUUAAUCCACCUCCACCAUCAGCUACAGAAGACUUUGCUGUCCAAACUCAAGAUUCUACAAAGGAUUCUCGGUUAUCAGAUCCAACAAGCAACUAUUUAGCGCCACCCAUUAGUGGUGAAUUUGAGCAUCUAUCAAAAGCUGAAGCCAUGUUGACAUUUGCUUCAGAAUAUAGAGCAGUUGAAACAGUUUCCAGUGAGAUGUCUUCAUCGAUCUUCAGUAGUCCAUACAUCCCUGGAUCUAAAAACAUGGAAAGUUCAUACUCAAGCACUAAUUGUUACAUAUAUGGUGUAAUGCCUCCUCCUCGGUUAAAUGCGCCAGACGAGAAACCCGGCAGUUUAAAUGCAAAAGCUGGUUCAGUUAGGAACAAUAUACUUAACCCUAAAAAAUACUACACUCAAAUCACAAGUUGGAAACGAGAACGUGAUAAAAAAUUAAUUUCUUGUAACAAUAGCAUUGCUUCUUGUGAGGGAGUUGCACCUUUUUCUGGUUCCAAUUCUACAACUCCAGUCAAAUCUCUCGAGAUGAAAAAAGCUGAUGUUACAGUUGAAGUUGCACAUUCGCUUUUUCGUUUGAAGACCAUGUUAGCUACCGAAGUUGAAUGUUUCCUGUUCCAGGCAUCUAUGUGCAGGACAAGGCAUAUGCUAUUGUCUUCUUGUAAUUCUGGAUUCGCUGGACUGAAUAGCAGGUCAACUGGAGGGACAACCGUCUCAGAUCAGCUUCGAGGUAACCAAAAUUUUCCGUCUGACAAGAUGUCAAGCAUAUACGAAGUAAAAAAGAAAGACUCUGUACCUGUCAGAAUAGUAGGCAACUUAGACACAGGGAUGCUUGAUGGGCCUGUUAGUGCACCAGUUGGGGUUUGGCGCUCGGUUGGAGUUCCUAAAGGCGCAAAACCUACACGUUCUCCUAGUAUUGAAAAUACUCCAUCUUUUGGCCAUAAUACCUUUAAUGAGGAAGGCACGGUUAUGUAUGGGCUAACGCAACCUCUUCAAGAACUUCUGGACAGCAUUCCUUUGCUUGUCCAACAAGCUACUUCAUUGGUCGAUGUGUCCCUAGAUUCUGACUGCGGUGAUGGUGCUUAUGGCUGGCUAGCAUUACAAGAACAAUGUAGACGUGGAUUCUCUUGUGGCCCAUCCAUGGUACAUGCAGGUUGUGGUGGGCUUUUGGCCACAGGCCAUUCUCUGGACAUUGCUGGUGUUGAGCUACUUGAUCCGAUUUCAGCCAGUGUACAUCCAUCCUCUGUAAUUAGUUUGCUGCAAUCAGACAUAAAAGUAGCUCUAAAAUCUGCUUUUGGGAACUUGGAUGGUCCAUUAACUGUAAUGGAUUGGUGCAAAGGUCGUACUCAGUCAGUUGAUACGGCUGCUGUAGGUGAUGGAUACAUUGUAGAUUCAGUUGUAGGUGAAGCAAGAGACUCGAUAAACUCUAUAACUCUGGCUGGUGGAGAGCCUAUCAGUCCAAGUCAGUCAUCUGGUGGUUCUACUUCUUCCCUGAAAGUGCCUAGUAGCAUGGAUGGGACCAGAAUGGAUGAGGGAAGCCAAAGGAGGUUGAACCAAGAAACAAGCAAUUUGGAAUCAGAGCAGCAGUCUCGUCUCCGGCCAACUCUUUUUGUGCUUCCAUUGCCUGCUAUACUUGUUGGGUAUCAGGAUGAUUGGCUGAAGACAUCCACAAGCUCCCUACAGCUAUGGGAAAAGGCUCCUCUUGAACCGUAUGCUCUACCUAAGCCUAUGACCUACUCUGUUAUCUGUCCGGACAUUGGUUUCCUUACAUCUGCUGCUGCUGAUUUCUUUUUGCAGUUGGGAACUGUGUAUGAAUCUUGCAAACUGGGCACUCAUUCGCCUCAAAAUAUAGGCCAGAUGGAUUCAGGCUCCGGGAAGUUAUCAUCAUCAGGGUUCGUUCUAAUUGAUUGCCCUCAAUCUAUGAAGAUAGAAAGUGGUGGCACAUCUUUUAUGGGCUCAAUAAGUGAUUAUCUCUUAGCUUUAUCCAGUGGUUGGGAUGUAAAGAGCUUCCUUAAAUCUCUUUCGGAUGUUAUAAAGACUCUUAGAAUCGGUUUGAAUUCUACAAUACAUCAGAAAGAAGGCAAUACUUGUCCUACCACUGUUAUAUAUGUGGUUUGCCCCUUUCCUGAGCCUGUUGCUGUUUUGCAAACUCUGGUGGAGUCUUCCACUGCUCUUGGAUCAAUCAGCCUUUCUUUAGAGAAGGAGAGGAGAUCCCUUUUUCGAAGCCAAGUUGGCAAAGCUCUAAGUUGCUCACCAGCUGCAGAUGAAACCUCAAUAUCAAAUGUUUUAGCACUUUCAGGGUUCAGCAUCCCUAAACUGGUCCUGCAAAUUGUAACCGUUGAAUCCAUCCUUAGGAUCAGCAGCCCAGCGCUAAAUGAACUCGUCCUUCUGAAAGAGAUUGCUUUCACCGUUUACAAUAAAGCUCGACGUGUAGCACGUUCACCGGGUAGUGGCGCUCAAUCAUUGUCUAGCACCGCAGGUAGAUCUCAAUCUGCACUGAUGCAAAUUAGUUCUCCUCCUAUUCAGGGAAUGUGGAAAGACUGUGUUACUCCUCGAAUUUCAGGAUCCUCCCUAACAAGAGAGGGCGAGCUUGAUGCUAGCUCGAGAUCGUGGGAUAAUUCUUGGCAAACAUCAAGGAUAGGAGUAUUAAGCUGUGAUCCGAUCAGGUCUGGAGACAAUUCUAUUCCCGAUGCUUGUCUGAAAUAUGCAUUCGAACCACUCUUUAUACUGGCAGAGCCUGGAUCUAUCGAGCUGGGGAUUUCACCGACAGUUCUUGGUAAUGGAGUAACAGAGUCUUUGCGGUCAUCUGCUGACGAGAAUAGUGGCGUCUUUAUGCAGACUUCAACUUCAUCAGGGUGUGCUGACUCUGCAGGAGUUAGUCCUUUACUGCUUGGGUCCGAGGCUGAUGGUUUUGGACCUAGCCAUCCAAAGACUCCAAGUCUUCAUUGUUGUUAUGGGUGGACAGAGGAUUGGCGUUGGCUUGUUUGUGUUUGGACAGAUUCUAGAGGAGAAUUGCUUGACAGUCAUAUAUUUCCAUUUGGUGGUAUCAGUAGUCGUCAAGACACCAAAGGUCUCCAAUGCAUUUUUGUUCAAGUCUUGCAGCAAGGUUGCCAGAUACUAUCUUGUCCUUCCUCUGAUAUUGGAGCCAUCAAGCCUAGAGAUAUUGUGAUUACACGCAUUGGAUGCUUUUAUGAGCUUGAACGUCAAGAGUGGCAAAAAGCCAUAUACACAGUUGGUGGGAAUGAAGUUAAGAAGUGGCCUCUGCAACUACGCCAUGCUUUGCCUGAUGGUGUGUCUGCAAGUAGUAACGGGAGUUCGUUGCAUCAACAAGAGAUUAGUAUGAUUCAAGAGAGAACAUUACCUUCUUCACCGAGCUCUUCCAUGUACAGUCCCCAAACAAAAUCUUCCAGCUUCAUAAAAGGUGGUUUAGGGCAAACCAAUACAAGAAAGCAACUUAUGGGAGGACAAGCUGUAAUUGACAGCUCAAGGGGGAUCUUUCAGUCAGUACAGAGUAUUAGCUUGGUAGGAGUUUCAAUUGAUCAUUCCCUUCAUCUGAUCCUCCAGGCCGAUGCAUCUUUCACAGGAGGAACUGGAGCACAAGGUGGUGGUAGUGGAGCAGAUUUGCCUAAUAGCUACUUGGAGGGUGUCAACCCUGUAAAAUCUCUUGGGUCUGCGUCGUCAUCCUAUGUUCUAAUUCCCUCCCCCAGUAUGCGUUUUCUGCCUUCUACACCUCUACAGCUUCCGACAUGCCUAACCUCUGAAUCCCCACCCCUUGCCCAUCUUUUACACAGCAAAGGUUCUGCGAUUGCUCUGUCAACCGGUUUUGUAGUCUCUAAAGCAGUUCCUUCUAUCAGGUCAGAUUUGCAGAGUACCAUGAAAGAAGAGUGGCCAUCCAUUUUAUCUGUCAGUCUUAUAGAUUACUAUGGUGGUACCAACAUGAUCCAAGAAAAGAUGGCUAAAGGAGGAACUACUAAGCAUAGCAGAAAUCUGAGUUCAGAUUCUAGGGACCAUGAAAUAGAGACACAUUUGAUUCUUGAGUCCUUAGCAGCCGAGCUUCAUGCUCUUUCAUGGAUGACAGUGAGCCCAGCUUACCUGGAUCGUCGCUCCGCACUUCCGUUCCACUGUGAUAUGGUUCUAAGACUAAGGAGGCUUCUUCAUUUUGCCGAUAAGCAACUCCUACGGUCAGAUUCGGCACAGGUUUAGGCUCGGCAGGUGGUAUGUGUAAUUUUGGACCUAACUGUACAGGGUAUCUUGGAUGUUCAUGUUCCUUGUAGUUGGCUCUUGUGGUUCUCUACUGAAUUGAAGCUGGAGAGUGAUCACUUGAAGUGCCUACUUGUACUAGUAGAAUGUCUGUAAUCUAUUAUUUGUAGUCCAUCUAUCUUCGUCCUCAUUAUUUUCAGUAGAAUGCAUAGUGUAGUCCUGUAAAGUUGCAGAAUAGUAUUACCAAUUCAUAGAAUGCCCAUUUCCACCUUUGAGGGUGAAUACAUAGUUUUCUAUUUUACAA